UUGAAGAAGGUUUCAAUCAAGACUAUUUAUAAACAACAUAAGAAGGUGAGCCAAUUCUUGAGACCAAUCAAGAGUAACAUUCCUUUACAACAAGCGGGUGUAUAUAAACUUGAUUGUGACUGUGGCUUGUCAUACAUCGGACAGACAAAGAGAAGCAUCGGUACAAGGGUUAAGGAACACAUUUCAGACGUCAGGAAUAGGCGCGCGUCGAAGUCAGCAGUGUGCGAACAUGCAUUGGACAAACCAAGCCAUUACAUUAGAUUUGAUAAACCACAGAUCCUCGCUCGUGAAGACAGAUAUAUACCAAGGUUAAUCCGCGAGGCUAUUGAAAUUAAAAAACACCCCAAUUUCAAUAGAGAAGAUGGCUGGAACCUAUCAAACACCUGGGAUCCUCUUCUUAAAAAUAUAAAAUCCCAUGUCCGUGACCACACCGCAGGACCUCGAGACACCGUUGUCGGCAUCCAGAGCGGUACACAAGACAAUUAA